AUGCAUCUCCACACCGCCACUAAGCUGCUCUACCUUGCAUUCCUCAGCGGCGGCGACGGGCUGCGCGUGUUCCGCCCGUCUUCAAUCACCAUCCGGCGGCAGGUCGGCCAGCUCGGCUUCGCCACGGAGACUGAGUGGCAGUAUGCGGGCGGCAAGCGGAACCCGCUCGAUCCGAGCCAGCCCUCUCGCACGGUCGAGGCGUCGGGCGCAUCGGUGCGCCUCUUUGAGGCGCGGCUGGCCGACGGCAGCCGCUCGCUCCUCAAGGAAUUUCUCGGCGCGGAGGCCCGCGCGAUCGGAGAUAGAGAGCUGGCCGUGUACCGGCACCUCGAGGAGGAGGCGGGAGGCGCGCCGGACCUCAGCGUGGGGACGCUCUGCGGCCAUACCGCCGACGCCCUACAGGCGUUUGAGACCAGAGGCUUCCGAGAGGCGUGGGAGGCGUCCUUUGGCCUCGCCGCCGGCUCUGGCUCAUCUUUCGGUGGGUGCCGCUCCGCACCAUCGGCGGCUUCGCGCGCGUGGAGCAGCCACCGGCGGGAUUGGCGGGGCUUUUCGACUGGGGCGCCGCGCAGGCGCGCCGCGAGUGGGUGCGCACCGCGUCGCGCGAGUCGCUGCGCGCGCUGGCAGCGCUGCACGCGGCGGGCGUCGCGCACCGCUCGCUCGGCUCCUCGUCGCUGCUGGUGUCGACGUACGAGCAGCGCGAGGCGGCGCGGCUGCGCGUGACGCUCGUCGACCUCGGCUUCGCCGCCACGCCCGCGCUCCUCUCUGCCGAGGAGAUUGCGGCGGCGAUGCGGCAGGCCGGGUGCGGCCCGACGGGCGUGCUGCCGCUCCUCACCCUGUACGACCUGCACGGGCUCGGCUACGUCCUCCUCGAGCUAGUCCUCUCCGCCCUCGUCCCUCGCCCGGCCGGCGGAGGCGGAGGCGUGCGGCCGCCGCCCGAGCUGCAGCAGCUCAAGCGGCUCGUCGAGGACGUCUUCAGCGACGACGUCGCGCGCGGCUUCCGCGACUACUGCGCCGAGGAGCCGGGGUGGGAGGCGGCGGUGGCGCUGCUCGACGAGGGCGGCGGCGCCGGCUGGGACCUGCUUCAGAGCCUCGUCGAUUGCCACACGCCCGCGGCGGCGGGCAGCGUGAGCGCGCAGUCGCUGCUGGACAGCUCGGUUUGGCUCCGGCCAGGGGGCAGGUAGGGCGGGCGUGCUGGCGGUUUUAUUCCCUACGCGCGUUUCGAAAAGAAAGACAAAGAGAAAUCGUCGCGCAGGAGUCCAGAGAGAUCUCACUGUUUAAAAGUUCAGACUGUCAGUGUC